GAAAACGAGGGCACUCCCACCAACUUAGUUGAAUGUAUGGAGUGGCCUCUCUCUCGUAGAAAAGCACAGGAUGCAGAACAUGGUAGAAUGUCCCAACUCCAAGUAACCAGUUGCUGGUAGAGAGAAUCCCAGAUGGUUAUUAUCCCCUAUAUAGUAUAAGCUCACUUCAAUGGUUAUUGGCAGCUAUACAAGUGGAAGCUGAGGUACAACAGAGAGAGAGAGAGAGAGAGAGAGAGAGAUGGGUCGUCGAGGGCGAGCGCCCUGCUGCGAUAAGGUGGGGCUGAACAAGGGUUCAUGGUCGCUGGAAGAAGACAUGAGACUGAUAGCCUACAUUGAGAAGCACGGCCACGGGAACUGGCGAGCUCUUCCCAAGCUUGCAGGUUUGCUGCGAUGCGGUAAGAGCUGCCGGUUGAGGUGGAUCAACUAUCUUCGGCCGGACAUCAAGCGUGGGAACUUCACCAAGGAGGAAGAGGAUGCCAUAAUCGAGCUUCACAGGCUGCUAGGCAACAAGUGGUCGAAAAUUGCGUCCUGCCUACCGGGAAGAACCGACAACGAGAUCAAGAACAUGUGGAACACGCACUUGAAGAAGCGACUGGCGUCCCGAGAGCGGAAAUCGCUGGCGACGCAGAAACCAGAAGACUCGCAGAGCUCGUCUUCUUCGAGCGCCUCCCGCUCUUGCUCCGAUCACGGAGAGAGCAAGAGCGAUGAGGAGGGAAACGAGGACCCAAGUUUGUACUUCACCGAUCUGUCCGUCGAAAUGAUCGAGGCUCCCAUCGGGCCCGACAUGGACAUGUGGGGCGUGGCGGAGUACGACACUCACCAAGAAGAGGCGGCCGUGAUCGUACCGGAAUUCCUGAGCAUGAUGGAAGGUGGGGACUACAGCUCGCUCAUUGUUAGCACAGGGGAGGAGGCCAUGGAAGAGGAAGAGGAAGCCAAGGGAGAAGGCAAAAGCUCAGAGUGGGUGGAGUACUUGGAGAAGGAGCUCGGGUUGUGCGGAGCCAGCGAGGAGAACGACGGUAUCAAUCAAGAGAGCCUCAUGAGGGAUGCAGCCGAGCAGCAAAUGGAGAUGGAGGAGGAAGAUCCAGUGUCCAGUUAUUUCCACAAGGAUCUGGUCUCCACCUGUCCCUUUGGAUCCUGUUGACUGGAGAAUGGCUCGAUACACUACCUUAAGACUAUGAGAGAGACAGAAAGCGUCUCAAUGCAUUUCCACAUUGGGAUCCUGUUGACUAGAGAAUGCCUUCAUACACUGUCUCAAGACUUUGAGAGAGAGUGUCUUAUCGCAUUGUCUUGAACUGGACUUACACAUGCAUGCAGUGAUGUAAAAGUCCCAAACUAAUGAACUAAUUAUGAUUGUUACUGCAAA